AUGAAGAAACAUGGCAGUUGUCACAAUCAUAACUUCCAGCAAUACCGCCAUAUCCAAGCACCAGGGUGGACAUUAGGUUGGAAAUGGGCCAAGAAGGAGGUGAUUUGGAGCAUGAUGGGAGGGCAAACAACUGAACAAGGGGAUUGUUCAAGAUUCAAAGGGAACAUACCACAUUGCUGUAAGAAGGACCCAACAGUUGUGGAUUUAUUGCCAGGAACUCCUUAUAAUCAGCAGAUUGCAAAUUGCUGUAAAGGGGGGGUGCUAAACUCAUGGGGGCAAGAUCCAGCCACUGCAGGAAGCUCGUUCCAGUUGAGUGUGGGUCAAGCUGGAACCACGAAUAAGACAGUUAGAGUUCCUAGGAACUUCACUUUGAAGGCACCAGGGCCUGGUUAUACUUGUGGACCAGCAAAAAUUGUGAAACCCAGUAGAUUUGUUACUCCAGACAAAAGAAGAGUCACACAAGCUUUGAGUAAGUUACUUGAUUAAGAUGUAGAAUGCCAUAUAUUUAUUCAUAUUCUUUUAGCUAAUCCGCAUGUCAUGUCUUG